GUGCCUAAUGCUUAAGCCCAGAGUCCGCUGGUCGCUCACUUUCUAUUCCGUCGUCGAUCAAUCCGUGGCGCGCCUCCUCAAUCCUCGCCACUCGCCACUCUCUUUCUCAUCAAUUCUUUGCAGAAACCCUAAACCCUAUAACUCUGAACAAUCAACAAAGAGUAUAGAAAUGUAUCUAAAACUUACCCUAAUUACCACAAAAUGAAGCGCGUAUCCAAAAUAUCAGACCUAGCAGUCCAAGCAGAGCUGCUCUCUCUCAACAAAUUUCCUUCAAUAACCCAAACCCUCACCCCUUACAUUUUGACCCUCACGAAGUCUCCGAUUUACAAGCUUGCCCGCGCACAUACUUCAGAGCCUGUUAGCUUUUUCCCUAACAUUAUUAGCCUUUUCUCCCGUAGGUUCCCUGUUGACAAUAAAGCCAUAGAGGAUUUGAGCAAAACGGUGUCACAUUUGCGUGAUGAAUUGGUUCAACAUGCUGAGGAUUCUGAUAAGUUCUUCAGGGUUUUGGAGGAACAGGGUGAUUCUUUGUUUAGAAUGCGCAGUGAUAGAUCUGCUCUAGUUGAGUUACUAAGACAGUUGGUUUCGCUGCCUCACUUAGCUGUAGAGGUUUUUAACUGGAGAAGGAAACAAACUGAGUGGAGCACACCUAUGACACACGAGGAGUAUGCCAAGGGUAUCACGAUUGCUGGUAGGGCUAAAAAUGUUGAUCUUGCAAUUGAAAUUUUUGCUGAGGCUUGUAGCAAGCGUCGUAAGAAAACUUGUAUAUAUAACGCGCUGAUGGGUGCUUACAUGUAUAAUGGCCAUUACGAUAAAUGUCAGUCACUGUUUCUCGACUUCAAAAAAGAAGCAAAUAUAGGUCCUUCGGUUGUAACAUAUAAUAUUCUUAUAUCAGUUUUUGGUCGCUCAAUGCUGGUUGAUCACAUGGAGGCAACUUUCAGGGAGUUAAUGAAUUUAAAUAUUUCGCCAAACGUGAGUACAUACAAUAAUUUGAUUGCUGGCUAUGUUACUGCUUGGAUGUGGGAUGAUAUGGAACAAGUUUUUCAAUUGAUGAAGGAAGGUCCAAUUUACCCACAUCUUGACACCUACUUGCUAAUGCUUCGAGGAUAUGCUCAUUCUGGGAAUAUAGAAAAGAUGGAAGAGAUGUAUAAAUUGGUACAAGAUCAUGUUAAUGUCAAUGAAGUACCAUUAAUUAGGACCAUGAUAUGUGCAUAUUGUAAGAGUUCAAUUACUGAUAGAAUUAAAAAGAUUGAGGAGCUAUUGCGGCUUAUACCAGAGGAGGAGUACAGGCCUUGGUUGAAUGUUUUAUUGAUUAAGGUUUAUGCGCAACAGAAUUUAUUAGAGGCGAUGGAGAACAAAAUAGACGAGGCAUUUAAGCAUGAAACAACUAUUACUACAGUUGGUAUAAUGCGGACAAUCAUUGCAAGCUAUUUUAGAUGCAAUGCAGUUGACAGGCUUGCGGACUUUGUGAAACGCGCUGAAUGUUCAGGAUGGAGAAUCUGCCGAUCUCUCUAUCAUUGUAAAAUGGUCAUGUAUGCAUCAGAAAAGCGCUUGGAUGAAAUGGAGAGUGUCCUUAAUGAUAUGGAGAAUUUCAAUCUUGGCCGCACAAAAAAGACAUUUGUGAUAUUGUACAAGGCCUACUUAAUGUGUGGUAAAAAAUACAAGGUUGAGCAAGUAUUAGGUUUGAUGUACAAGCAUGGAUAUGAGGUUCCAGAAGGUGCAUCUCCAUCCUAACAUACUUAGAAAUUCAGUUGCAUAUUUUAACAAAUUGCUAGAGGCGUUCAGCUAAUGCCAUGAAUGGUCUGUCAAAAUGUAACAUGGGGUUCAGAUUUCCAGUAAUUCAGAGAGAAGAUGGUAUGCUGUGUGAUGGACUACUACUGUGAUAGUGCUGAAUGCUACAGAAAUUGAAAUAAAAAAAAUCAACAAGCAUGCAGCAGGAUGAUGGAUAUUUUCUGCGUAAAUCCGCCUAGCCUCCUCUGUAAUGACUAGAUUAUGUUGGAAAAUUGUGAAUAAAGUUUGCCUUUGUAGUCUGGGUGGACCUUGCAAGAGUAUGCUAUUGCCUUGUUCAUCAUGAACAAAAUUCUAGCUUGUGAGGCACAGAAGCUGAUACAGCAAGUUAAAUGUUGCAGAGAUCAUAACUUAAUAAUCAACGACUUCAACAUUUUCAGCUGCUCUGAAGUUGUCUCCUAGAAUCGACUGGCAUACUAGGAAUUGAUUCUUAAGGUAUUCAUUGAGAUUUAUCACAUUUCCUUGUAUGCAUGCUAAACUAAUUUUCCUUUAGUGAUGCUGGAGGAAUAAGUGAUAUCAGGCGAAGAGCACUGCGGUAGAUCAUGCCUUGCUGAUGUUCUAAUUUGGAACUGCAUUGCAGUAUUGUUCUCUGAAGUGUAAAGAAGGAGAAACUUAUUCCCUUGCUAGGGCUUAUACUCUCACUGAUAACUUUUUCUUUUUA